AUGGCUUCGGUGGCCUCCGUCGAGAAGCCGUUUAUGGCCCUGGAGAUAGUGUUGCAGCAUAUCAAAGACAUCUCUGGCACUGUCAUGUUACCGGGAUCAAAAUCUCUCUCUAACCGCAUUCUCCUUCUGGCUGCCCUCUCUGAGGUAGUAGCUGGCAAACUAUACUAUCUUUCUCUAUGGGUAAUUGAUCGUGGAAGGGAGAAGAUUUAUGAUGCAAAUUUUAUGGUAAAGCUGUGGAUUAAUUCUCAGCAGCUACAAGAAUUCAAGCAUGCUCAUCAUGUCUCUUCUUUCAUGAAGGCAAGCAAAGUGGGAGAUAUAAUUAGAAAAAUUUAA